CGUGUGUUUGUAUGCUGAAAAUCGCAGUCAAGGAAAAUCGGUGAACGUAGCGAUCCGUGCGGAGUGCGGGAAUUCGUGUCGAUUCGCGGGAAAACGCAAGUGUGUGCGUGUGUGAGAAAAAGAGGGUGCGUGCGUGUGCGUAUGUGUGUUUGUGAUAGUUUGGUGAUUUUCCUUUGCUCUUUAUGAAUGGCAAAGGGCUGUCCAGCAAUCGGCAGCAGCUACGUAAUCGAACUCAGCAUCGGAAAACUUUAACAGAUACGCAAGUACACGCGUGUGUGCGCGCGCGCGCAACCAGGAUAACAAUACGCUUCGACACCAAUACAGACGAGCGCACGUGAUCCCUUCGGGCGACACACGGAUUUACUCAGUGCAAAUACGUAAUCAAGGAAGUUAAAAUAGAAAUCUUCGCUGUAAAAAUAUAAACACGAAAAAAUCCAAUUGGAAAAUACCACGCGAGUGAUCAAACUAGAAAAAAAACAAGUCCUUCGUCCAGUAGGACCUAUCUAAAAGCCCACGUUUCGUUCGUUCCUUCCCGAAGGCAAGGAAAGGCAACACAGCAUACCAUGGGCACGGUACUGAGCUUUAGCCCCCGGGAGCGUCGGCCCAUCUACUCGACGCACCAUCACAGCGCCGGCACGCUGUCGUCCUCGAACUCGGCCGACUUUCCGCUCAACAACUACUCGUACGAGCAGCUGAACAAUGCGAAGAAUCGCGAGAGCGCGCAAACGAAACCGCCGAACCUGAUACAAACCGUGCCUAACAACAGCCAUGGGCUGAACAUGAGCAAGGACGACUGCAAGAACAACAACAAUCCCGGCUCCCAUGGCAACAACAACAACAACAACAACAGCCACAAUGCCGGCUCGGGGAAUAAUAACCAUAGCAACAACAACAACAACAACAACAACAACACCAGCAACAACCUGCUGCUGCUGCAGCAGACGCACCAGAACAACAUCAUGACCGGCAGCGCGAACAUCAACAACAUCAACAACAACAUCAGCGGCGGCAACAACAACAACGGCAACAGCAUACAGGAGCGGAACAACAACAACAACAGCAACCACAGCAACAAUGCGGACAGUGCGCGCAUCCUGUCCGAGAAGAAUGCGCUCGAGAAGAACCUGAAGAAGCAUUCGCUGUUCAUCAAUGCGCUGUCGUGGAAGCGACUGGCCGCGUCGCACGGCAAGAAGAAGCUGGACAACAACAAGAACAAGUCGGCCAAUCUGGCCACGGCCACCAGCUUCCGGACGCCGCUGACCGACACGAUCCACCCGCUGCUGGACAAGAACAAGAACCUGCAGCAGUCGCAAUCGUUCACGCAAACGAUCAGCAGCCAGCAGCUGCAGCAGCAGCAGCAGCAACCGGCCACGAUCGUGCUCAGCCAGUCGGCCGGUUCCGGUGGGCAGCCGAGCAGCGGAGCGGGUACACAGUCGGUGGUUGGGCUGGUGGGAUCAUCGGGUGGCGCUGCCGUCGGGCUUGCUGAUCGGCCGCCGCAUCACCAGCAGCAGCAGCAAUCGCACCAUCUGCAUCCUCACGGACAGAUGGUGGUUGCUCAGCAGCAGCAGCAACAGGCGGUCUACUUUACACCGCGCGGUCCUAAGGCACUGCUGGCGCUGGAUCUGGUGCGGGCCAACAACACGAACCCACUGUCCCAGCCGGACAAGCUCGCCCAGAAGCUGCCACUGCAGCUGCCGAUGCCGCUGCAGCCGAUCGUGAACCAGCAGCAGCAGCACAACGUGCCGAUGGGCCAGCAGCUGCACCACGGGCACGGGCCAAGGAAAACCGUCAUUCAGGCAUCGACGUCAGAGCUGCUAAAAUGUUUAGGAAUGUUCCUGCACGACCGAUGCCGCAAGCUACGCGACUUCCAGGCCGGCGACGCUGUGAUGUGGCUGAGGGCCGUCGACAGAAGCUUGCUGCUUCAAGGAUGGCAGGACGUUGCCUUCAUCAACCCGGCGAACGUGGUGUUCGUCUACAUGCUCGUCCGCGAGCUGGUCGACGGCGAGGAAACGAAGGAAGCGGAACUGCAAGCCGCCGUCCUAACCUGCCUCUACCUGUCCUACUCGUACAUGGGCAAUGAAAUUAGCUACCCGCUGAAACCGUUCCUAGUGGAAGACUCGAAGGACAAGUUCUGGGACAGAUGUUUGCUGAUCGUGAACCGCCUUUCCUCGAACAUGCUGCGCAUUAACGCCGAGCCGGGCUUCUUCACCGAAAUCUUCACCGAGCUGAAGGCUUGCGGCAUGAGCACGAACGCGAACGCCGGCGGCAACCUGCCGUGCGGUGCGGCUUGACGCUCCCGGCAUCCGCGCGAGGUCGUCGUCCGGCUCUCGAUUGCCGGCCAGCAGCAGAAGUACCAGCACGCGACCAGCACCCUGCAGGAGCUGACCAGCGUCGUCUGAUGCGCACCGUAAAUGCGGGGACCAUCCCCCACUCUCGCAACCCCAUCUUGGUCCAUCUUGGUGGCGUCUCCCCGGGCAAGGGGAGUUGACGCCUAGCAGCUAGCAGAGAUGCUCAUCAUCUCAUCAUACGCCAGAAAAAGGAGGAAUCGAAAACGGUGAAAGUGAAACAAAAAAAGGAGAUAUGUUUAAUAGUUCGUUGGGAAUGUAGCAUUCCUAUUUCCAUGUAUUGUUUUUUUAUUGGUGCGUCCUCACCCCGUGCCCCGUCUUGUGCGAUUGCGCUGGAUAGCAAUUGGGCGAGAGCGGGUGACCUUUGUCGAAGAAAAAUCUGCACUCUGCAAUUUGCCUCAACUUUAGAUCUCAUCGAAGGGUUUGAACUCUACAGAAAGCAAAUCCAACCAAAAGCAACCAAUACUCAGUAUAGUGCCAUCUCGUUCAACUACUUCAAGGAGGUAUGAAAGCAAGGCAAGGACGAAACGAAAGGACUCUUUCCCCCCCAUUUAGUAAGGGGGGCUUACGUGUUGCUUUCGAUCGUACAACAGAGAUCUAGUCAAGAGCAAUGUUCGAAUCUCAGUUCUUUAGAGAGAAGAGUAGUAAGAUUUGAUCCCUUUCCUCGUCGACUGUCCGGAAGGGUGGACAGGCACUAACGAUGGCAGUAGUAGUAACGAAAACAUAUGGGAGUACUUUUGCAAUAGUUUGAACUGGCAGCAGACAGUCACUUCUGUGAAGGGAAAGGAGGAAAUAAAGCGUAUUUAAGUCCCAUACAAAACAACAACAAAGCAAAACAUACGUACCAAGCUCGACCAGAAAGUAAAACAAAACAAAGCAAGGCAACAUCAUGACGCACGUGACAUGAGAAAGUAAUGUGAUUUAAAUCUAUAAAAACAUUCGUUAAGCGGCAUUAAACUAGUGGAACCGCACACAGACACUCGCUCACGGGCACUCAGUAAAUGGGAGUAAAAUAUGGCCCGGUGUUUGAGUAAAAGAAAGGAACAGCAGCAAACCGCUUCAAAUAACCCCAACAAGAAAAGUAUGAAAAACAAACGACAACAGAUAUACCAAAUAUACCGUACACUAGAGACAAAAAGAAGCAUCAGAAAAAGAAAACAAAGGAAACCUACGGAUAAAAACACUGCCCUACACCAGUCCGACGCAAUGGAAAGAAUGUAGAAGAAUGAAGAAAACAGAACAAACGGCAAAAGAAAGCAUAAAAACGUUGCAUGAAAUCGUUAAAAUGUUGUACAAAAUCGAACAAAAAAAGAAGAAAAACGAACAAGUUAAAUAGUAGGAACGUGUCUGUGUGUG